UCUGCAGGAGCCCCCGAGCUCUCGCCCCACCCCGUCAAUGGCGACGAGCCCUCUCCUCCUCUCAAACCCUAGCCUCUCCUUCUUCCUUCCACCCCUCUCACCUCGGCGGCGGAGCCUCUCCUCCGCCGCCGCAGCGGAGCCGCGCUUCUCCCCCCUGCGGGUGGCGCCGCGGGUCGGCCAUCGCCGCCGCCUCCGCCUCUGCGGGGUGGCCGCGGCGAAGGGCGACGCGGCCGCGGCGGCGGCGACGAAGGACUACUACGUGACGCUCAAUCUCCGCCGCAACGCCACUCUCCAGGAGAUCAAGAGCUCCUACAGGAGCCUCGCCCGUAAGUAUCAUCCUGACAUGAACAAGAGCCCAGGUGCAGAAGAAAAGUUCAAGGAGAUUAGUGCUGCAUACGAGGUGCUAUCAGAUGAGGAGAAAAGGUCUUUAUACGAUCGUUAUGGUGAAGCGGGCUUGCAACGAGACAAUGGAGGACCAAAUGUUGGCCCACAAGGGGUAGAUCCUUAUGAAGUCUUUAAUGCGUUCUUUGGUGAGUCAAGUGGACUUUUUGGAGCUGACAUAGAUCCUGGGGGAAUCAGAUUUAGUACAAAAGACAACCGUCGCCAGGAUCUUGAUAUUCGCUACGGCCUUUCGUUGACCUUUGAAGAAUCAGUUUUUGGAGGAAGACAAGAAUUUAAUAUUUCUCGUUUUGAAACCUGUGACGACUGUAAUGGUUCAGGUGCGAAAUCUAGCAAUUCCAUAAAGCCGUGCGCUGAGUGUGGAGGUAGGGGUGGAGUAAUGAAAACUCAAAGAACACCCCUUGGUGUAGUUUCUCAGAUAUCUACUUGUGCAAAAUGCGAUGGGGAGGGCAAGAUAAUCACUGAACAUUGCAAACGUUGCAGUGGUGAAGGCAGAGUACAAGCAAAGCGAAAUAUCAAACUGGAUAUACCAGCUGGUAUUGAUGAUGGAUAUACCAUACAAAUGCAGGGAGAAGGAAACAUCAAUAAGAAAAAGGGUAUAAAGGGUGAUCUCUAUAUCUCCAUCCUUGUCAAAGAAAAGCAAGGAAUCGGAAGGGAUGGGAUUAAUUUGUACUCGGAUAUAAGCAUUGAUUAUACUGAAGCAAUUCUUGGAACUAAAGUCAAGGUUGAAACAAUUGAAGGGUACAGAGAUCUCCAAAUUCCUUCUGGUACCCAACCGGGAGAAAAGCUGAAAUUUGCUAACUUGGGAGUUCCGCACAUCGAUGUACCUUCAGUUCGAGGCGAUCACUACUUUAUUGUAAGGGUAGAGAUCCCAAAGAAUAUCAGUAAUGCGGAACGCUUGCUAGUUGAACAACUAGCCUCUUUAAAGAAAACCAAGGAUUAUCCUAUAUCAGCAGAGGAAAUACUCUCCAACAACAACAAUAAACUUAAGUCGGGGAAUCGAAGGAACCCUCCUUCAAAGAGGAGUAAAUUCUGGAGCUCUAUCAGGAACUUGUUUGGAGGAGGCCGAGGUUCCACGGAAUUUGCAUCUCUGAGUGUGCUAGCACCAGUACCGGCACGGCCUCUUCAAAGAUCAGUUGAUCCUGCAGUUUCAGUAUCCAUAUUUGGGGUUUUACUCUUAGCAUUCUUCGUCUCCUUAAGAGGUAGAACUAUUCGCUGCUUAUUUCUAAAGAAUCACCCUUCAACUCUACCUAGAUUUGUCAAAUGAGACGGAUAACUAAUUAAAUACCCCAACGUUUUCUUAAAAAAAGGAAAACAAAAUCUUCAUAGCAUUAUCUCAUCUCAAUAUAUGGAAAUACUCUCCCUAUCGCGGGAGAAUAUUCAGUAAGUUUUAAGAUCCUCUCAAUUUUGCUAUGCUCGCGUAAUCUUUAUAUGAAUCAGGGGAUGGUGUAUUAUGUGAUGUAUUUUCUCAUAUUUUCAUUCUUCCUAUAAACGAAAAUACAAGCAUUUAUAGAGACCUUUUUUGAUCUGGAAAUAUCAUCAUGAAAUGUGAAUCUGAAACAAAAAAAGAAAAGAAAAGAAAAGAUGGCAAUUAGCUUAUCGUGUUGCUCAGUAGUUUGAAUGGAGUACACUCUGUUUGCUCAUUUAUUGACACAAAAAAGUCGGAGAUCUAAUGUUUUAUUUGUAUUUUUGUUUCAUAUUUUUUAUAGUUUAAUUGUAUAUCCUUAUGUUUUAUCUCAACCCUGAUCAACUAUUCUUUCUCUCACACUCUGGAUUUUCUUUGUAGUGGUUACUUGAAAUGGAGAAAAAUGUAUAGAACUUAUCUGAA